ACGUCUCCAGAUGAAAUCUGUCAAACGCGUACCUUUGUUUUUGUUUAUAGAGAAAGCCCAAUAGAACUUAAAGUAUUCUUUUAAAAUAAUUAGUAUAUUAAAAGAUCGCAAACCAUGUCGAAGCCGGGCACCUCGACCGGCGACAGCCAAAACCAAAUUGCUCAAAAAACUUGGGAACUCUCUAACAAUAUCGAAGUGGUAAACUCUGUUGACGAAAUCUACAAAUAUGAUAAAAAACAGCAAAGCGACAUCCUGGCUGCAAAACCUUGGGAAAAAGACCCACAUUUCUUUAAAGACAUAAAAAUAUCAGCACUAGCCCUAUUGAAAAUGGUAAUGCAUGCCAGGUCAGGUGGCACUUUAGAAGUUAUGGGUUUAAUUUUGGGAAAGGUGGACGGCAAUACUAUGUUUGUUAUGGACUCAUUUGCAUUACCUGUAGAAGGUACUGAAACGAGAGUAAAUGCCCAGGCUCAAGCUUAUGAGUAUAUGAGUUCUUACAUAGAUGCAUCAAAAAUGGUUGGUCGUCAAGAAAAUGCCAUUGGUUGGUACCACAGCCACCCUGGUUAUGGCUGUUGGUUAUCUGGUAUUGAUGUAAGCACACAAAUGUUAAACCAGAAUUUCCAAGAACCUUUUGUUGCCAUUGUUAUUGAUCCAGUUCGUACAAUAUCAGCCGGUAAAGUUUGUUUGGGUGCUUUUAGAACUUAUCCAAAGGGAUAUAAACCAGCCAAUGAAGAACCAUCAGAAUACCAAACAAUUCCUCUAAACAAAAUUGAGGACUUUGGUGUACAUUGCAAGCAAUACUAUUCUCUGGAAGUCUCAUACUUUAAGUCCUCGCUUGAUAGAAGACUGUUGGACUCAUUGUGGAACAAAUAUUGGGUGAACACGUUGAGCUCCUCAAGCUUGUUAACUAACGCCGACUAUACUACCGGUCAAAUAUUUGAUUUGUCUGAGAAACUGGAACAGUCUGAGACUGCUAUCGGGCGUGGAGGUUUUAUAUUAGGAGCCGCAGAUCCGAACGAAAAACGCACGGAAGAUAAACUACUUAAGGCCACAAAAGACAGCUGCAAAACCACCAUCGAAAUCAUCCACGGCCUCAUGGCUCAAAUGAUAAAAGACAGAUUGUUUAAUAGCAUCACUCCUAGGAGCUGUGCUCCACAAGAUGUCACCAAGUAGAUGUUUUUAUGUGUUUAUUAUGUAUGAUAUUUGGUUUUUUUUAAGGAGCUUAUAUACGUUUGUGAGCAAAUAAAGUGUUUAAAAGUU